CUCACCUUAUACAGUAGCAGACGCCGACUUACUGACAGUACCGGUUCCUACACGCUGACGCGCUACUCUUUUAAAAUCCGGCUGGCGCUCAUCUUGUCUUCGCCCCAGUGUGGGCUUAGGAACACUGGCGCUCAAACACCACUCUCUUGCAGAACAGCUAAGGGCACUUGACGCUCAGCUUGCUGCGGAGAGUUCCGGCAGCGACUGGGAGGGCGACAUGGGCCAUGAGCAUAGUAAAUAUGGAGAAAGAGACCAUGGGCAUGUUCCAUAUAUCGCUCAAAAGACGCAAGUCGGGCGUGCCAAGGCUAUUACAGGCAACAAAGCGGGCGCUACCAAGCUCGACAUCAAGUUACCGCCGAAGGCGACGCGUACAGAAGCUAGCGAUUAUGAAUUCAUUAAGAGCUCGCUUAUCAACCUUCUGCUUUUCAGCCGCUUGGAUCGGGUUACAGCUCAACGUAUUGUCUCGGAAAUGUAUAUGCUCCCAGUACUGGCCGGUGAAAUCCUAAUCCAGCAAGGCGACACAGGGGAUGCUGCGACAAAACUCUUCGUGGUCCGCAGCGGCAAGUUCGAAGUCCUUGAGCGGCGGAAGGAUGUCAUGUUCAAGGUCAACACCAAGGAACGUGGCGAUGUCUUCGGCGAAAUCAGCCUCAUGUACGACUGCCCUCGGUCAGCAACCGUCGCAGCCACAACGGACGCAAGCGUAUGGGUCCUCGAACGUGACGUCUUCAGGCACUUUGUCCAGGCGAGUGUGGAGGACGAGAAGAGCCAGGUCCAGAUCUUCCUCAACUCGGUGCCGCUGCUGGCGUCGCUGCGGCCCGAGGAGAAGAUGAAGCUGGUGGACGCGUUCCAGGAGGAGGUCUACGCAGCCGGCGCCCGUGUCAUCUGCGAGGGCGACCUGGGUGACAAGUUCUACCUGAUCAAGGAGGGCGAGGCGCGGGUGCUGCAGGGCGACAAGGAGGUCAACCGGCUGUUCAGGAGCGACUUCUUCGGGGAGCAGGCGCUGCUGCAAGACGAGCCGCGUCGUGCCACCGUGAACGCGCUCACCUCGCUCACCUGCCUCACGCUGGACCGGCGCACCUUCGUGGCGGUGCUGGGGCCGCUGCAGGACAUCAUGAAGAAGGAGAAGAGCGCGGAGGUGGUGAACCAGCGCAUGGCCAAACUGAGGCCCCAGGGCAGUGCGGCGCUCCGGCGACCCACCGCUGAGGUGCUCAUCAAGAACUACGGGGGGCACGUAGCGGCAACAGCAGCAGCAGCAGCGGGGCCAGCAGGGGUGGCAGCAGCAGCGGGGGCGGCGUCUGCUGGCUCGGGCAAGUCGCGCCAGGUGAUGUGCGACGGGCAUCUGGACGAGGUGUUGGAGCUGCUGAAGGGAGGGCAGAAGAUGCAGGAUGAGCACCGGGACCACAGCCGGCGGCUGGUGCUGGUGGAGGGGGAGCUGCUGGGAGAGGGGGCGUUCAGCCGCGUGUGCAAGGUUACAGAGGAGUCCACGGGUCGUGUGUUCGCGCUGAAGCGCAUGGCCAAGUCCGCGGCGCUGCAGUGCCCCGACCACGUGUUCUGCGAGCAGCACAUCACCCGCAACAUCGCACACCCCUUCUGUCUGCGGCAGUACGCGUCCUUCCAGGACCGGUACAGCCUGUACAUGUUGUUCGACCUGAUGCCGGGCGGCGACCUCAUGGACGUGCUGGUGGCGGAGGCCAAGGUUAUCAAGUACCCGGUCCCCGACAAGAACUCGCUGCGGAAGGGCUGUCUGGCGCCCAAAAUGAAGAUGUGGCA